GUCGCUGCGGUGCAUUGUGCGGACUGCUAGCUGCAUCGAGGCGUCGGGAAUUCCCUCUCAUAGCCAUGUCUCCAUGACGACCAGGACACAACAGUCGCGGACGAUUGGCUGUGCAGAGAGAAGGAGAAGAUGAUCUGCAGGAUCCUGCUGCUCAUCAUCCUCACCUCAUGUGUCUCUGGAUCAUUUGUGGUCAAUGUGACACAGACCUGCUAUCAGGCAGAGGAGAACCACAACAUCACACUGGAGUGGACGUUCACCACCAAACCUGACAGAUCCACCAAAACUCUCAACAUCCUCUGUGAACUCUUCAUCAGUGAUAAAUCCUCAGUCCUGUAUCAUGUUCAUGAAGGUGUUGAGGUGUCAGAGUCUCAGGAUGAAAAGUUUUCAGGACGAGUCCAGAGUGACAAAGACGCCCUCAGAGAAGGACGAAUCAGACUUCAACUGUCCAGAGUCAGGACUGAUGACUCGGGUCUGUACCUGUGUGAGGUCAACACUGAUUAUGGCUUCAGUGUUGGAAGAUGUCAACUCGAUGUCACUUCAGGUUUUCAUACGUCCAACCUUCAGACUGUGAGUCCACAACCAGAGAGCAGAGAAAGCCAGCAUAUUGUUGGAUUGUCACUGGUAUUAUCAGUACUAGCUCUAGUGGUCAUCUGUGCUGUGCUAUGUUUAGUUGGCAUUAGAAAAAGGAAACAAACAUUGACAAGUGUUUCAGAAAUGAAACCAAUCAGGACUUAGAGGACCUUUUCUUUGGUCCUCCAAAAAAAUGGUCCUCUAAGUCCCCUGUUAAGGAAAUCAUGCAUUAGUUGCUUUGCCUGCCUGUCCUCCUGCCAACCCUGAUGUUCGCAACCACCUGAAGCCCUUCGCCCUUUGCCCAGUACUCCCGUGACCCCAAUCACAGUGUCUCACAACAGCCUUUCCCAACCUUCCGUGUGUUUUUGCCUGAUCACCUCUGUAAAUAAAGAAUUGUAUAUAGUUUGCAAUUGGUGUACUGAGUCUGCUUU